GAGCUGUGAUGACGCGUACAAAGCGCUACAAAUACCAGCCCAGGUUCUCCCAGCCCGGAUAACGGCACGCUGGAAACACACCGCGCACUGUCCACAGCCAUGUCUCAAGCAAUGGACAUCGAACGCUGGAACCUGGACUGUGAGUUUAACAACACUGACCACCAUACUGAACUCAAUGGUUGGGACAAUCUGAUUGUGAGGAGGGGCCAGCUGUUCACGAUCAGUCUGUACCUCCGCUCUGGGAAGUAUCAAUCAGGAGUCAGCUCCCUCAACUGCGUCGUGGAAACAGGCCCAAAUCCGUCUGACCAGUAUGGCACCAGGGCUGCCUUUGCUCUGUCUGCCAAAAUCGACAAGUCUCGCUGGAGCGCAGCUGUCGUCAGUCCCCCUGGGGACAUGGUGGCCCUGUCCAUCUGCUCUCCUCCAGACGCACCUAUCGGCCGCUACACCCUGACCCUCGGGGAAUCAGGGCAGUUUAAGUUCAUCCUGCUCUUUAACCCCUGGUGCCCAGGAGACACGGUGUAUAUGGACGACGAGAAAAAUCUGAACGAGUACGUGUUAUCUCAGGAUGGGAUUAUCUUUCAAGGCACUCACCAAAAGCCCUUUCCCACACCUUGGAAUUUUGGCCAGUUUGAACCUGACAUCCUGGAUGCUUGCAUAACUGUUCUGGAUAUGAAUCCUAAAUACCUGAAAAAUCCUGGUAAAGACUGCUCGGGGAGGAGAAAUCCAGUCUAUGUGUGCAGAGUACUGAGCGCCAUGGUGAAUUGUAAUGAUGACAAAGGGGUGUUAUUGGGCAGAUGGACAAAUAACUACGAUGGUGGCGUGAGUCCCCUGUCCUGGAGGGGUAGUGUGAAGAUCCUGCAGGACUGGUGCUUUAACAGUUGUCAGCCUGUACGUUAUGGACAAUGCUGGGUAUUUGCUGCAGUGGCCUGCACCGUUGCCAGAGCCCUUGGCAUCCCCUGCCGAGUAAUUACCAACUAUCUGUCUGCCCACGACACCAACAGUAACCUGGUCAUUGAGCAGUACAUCGAUGAAAAUGGAGAUUACAGUAAAUCCAGAGACAUGAUCUGGAACUAUCACUGUUGGGUGGAGAACUGGAUGACCAGACCUGACCUCAAACCAGGUUUUGAUGGCUGGCAGGCCAGUGACCCUACACCACAGGAGAAAAGUGAAGGGGUGUACUGCUGUGGGCCCAUCCCUGUCAGAGCUAUCAAGAGCGGCGAGCUCACUUUCAAAUACGAUGCCCCGUUUGUCUUCGCUGAGGUCAACGCCGAUGUUAUCGCCUUUCGAAGGAAUAAGGAUGGCACCCAGAACAGGAUCACUCAUGCUGCCAUGGUGGGCCAGAAAAUCAGCACAAAGAGUGUUGGCAAUAAUGCCAGAGAGGACAUCACUCACCUCUACAAGUACCCUGAAGGCUCUGCUGAAGAGAGAGAGGCUUUCCAGAAGGCCAACCAUCAAAACAAGUUACUCCGGCAGCAAGAGAACCAGGGCCUGCAUCUGGCCGUCAAGGUGUCAUCAGAGAUGAAGAAGGGCUGUGACUUUGAUGUGUUUGCUUUGGUGACCAAUAACACAUCCAGCGAGAAGAAGUGUCGUCUCGUGUUUGGGUCUAGAGCUAUGUCCUACAAUGGAAACAUUGGAAAGAGUUGCGGCUUUAAAGACUUGCUCAAUGUCGAACUCUCCCCGGGAGCAGAGAGGCGGAUCCCACUAAGGCUGAACUACUCCAAAUACGCUGGCGCGCUCACCGGGGACAACCUGAUCCGUCUGACAGCACUGCUGAUUGACCACACUGCAAAUGAAGUCAUGCUGGGUGUGAGAAACAUUGUGCUGGAGGAACCUCAGAUCACAGUCAGGAUCAUUGGUGAACCAAAGGAGAACCGGAAGCUGACAGCUGAAGUAACCCUGAAGAACCCCCUGCCAGAGUCUCUGGAGGGCUGCUGCUUCAGCAUCGAAGGAGCCAACCUCACCGGCGGACAUGCUAUUACAGAGAGGCUGAGCUCCACAGUGGGACCAGGAGAAGAUGCCAAGGCCAAAAUCUGCUUCACACCCACCCAUUUUGGGCUCAGGAUGCUGGUGGUCAGCUUCGACAGCAACAAGCUUUGCCACGUCAAGGGCUACAGGAAUGUGAUUAUUGGCAAAUAGAGCAUCCCAAACUUUACACCAAAGUACAGUGCAGAGAGAUGAUUGUCGUUUGAUUUUUUUUUAUAACAUCUUAAGGACAACAAAAGCAUAAAAAUUUGAUUUCUUUUUUCUUCUUCUUUUUUUUUU